AUGCUCAAGUUAUUCGGUCAUAAAAAGAAGAAAAAGUUGCCAUCAUCAUCAUCUCAUAUCCCAAUGCUCGCUAAAAGCGCAUCAACUACCACCACAAGUAACAAUAACAACCACCAACCACCAAUACAAAUCAGUAAAAAGGACUUGAAGCGUAGCCCCUCGUUAGACGACUGCAUGAUGCCUACACUCAUGAUGCCGAAACCACGCCACAUGCUACCUCCCACACGCAACAUUCUCAAUCCUCACGAGUACGAUAAGACGCAAAUUGAGAAUACGACACCAACACCAUCACCAUCAUCCAUGGUGUUGCCACUCACCACCACAAAUGAGAAUAAUGAUGACGACGUUGUACAUGAUACAUCCAAUAAUAGUAAACUUCCAGUUUCAUCACACUCACCACUCGUACCAAGUAGUGAAGAUUCUAACAGGGUUUAUGAAUCUGCUCUCGAAUCACCCAUAGCAUCACCAGCUCCACCUUCUUUUUCAAUACCACCCGCUUUGUCCAUGUUAACUUCAGCCCCAUCGACUGCUACCGUUAGCACUACCAACACAGCACCUUUAUCAUCAUCCGCCCCAGUAAUCGUUUCACAACAACAACCUCCCCCACAGCCCUAUCCGGAACAAGUGACAGCACCAACAACAACACUUGCCGCGCACCCACAUCAUCACCCACAACCACAACCAGCUCCUGUUGUUGCACCAAUGCAACACAACAACGCUACUACUUUUGCAUCUGUUACACCAAAUGUGGAAGCAUUACAAUGGCAAGUUGAAAUGAUCAAGCAUCAAUGUGAGCUUGAAAGAGCUGAAUGGGAAAAGCGUGAACAUGAACAUCGUAUCCGAGAACGUGAAAUGCUCGAAAAGAUCAGCCAAACACAAGAACAACUACGUCAAGCAUUAUUGGCUCAACAUCACCAGCAACAGUAUACACGUCCUCGAUCUGCCAACGAUAGCGGCUAUUGGGAACAUGAAGAAGACAAUGAUGAUCUAGAUGAGGAAGAAGACAUCUAUCAUCGACGCCAUUAUCGACCUCGUGGUCAUUCUUUGCCACGCAUGAUGCCCCAUCGACGACGUCGUAGCAGUGUAAAAAGUCGCAGCAGCUCACGAUCUUCUCGACAUGAACAAGAUGAACGCCGUUCCAUUUAUGAUGAAGAUCAUGACCACAGUGAUCACGAAGAAGAAGAUGAAGAAGAAGAAGAGGAGGAUCCUGAUUUUGAAGACCAUGAGGAUGAAUGGGAUGCUUACAUGGAUCGACAUCCUGGUAGAUACUAUUCACGUUGGAAUCAUUAUAGACCUACACGACCCUCACCAAGCGUAUCCACGCCAACAAGCUAUCAUCAUCAUUACCCAGCUUAUAUGGCAAUGCAUGCAGCAAGUAGUCGUCGUCCUCGUCGUCCUCAUCGACAUCCUCAUCAUUAUCAACCUUCUCCUUAUCACCAUUACUACUACCCACAUUAUCCAUUUGAUCCUUUGCAACAAUGGGAAUAG